GGAAGCUAAGUGUUUAUUGUCUUGACGAAACACCAGCCUGUUUUUUUUGAAAAAGGAUUUAGGAAUGUGGAGACCAGCAGCUGCGUUACCCUCAAAUCCCCCGGAGUUAUCGUCGUCCGAAAACUACAAAUUAAUAACCUUUAACAAAGACAGGACGCUCGCCUGCGUCGCCAUAGCAACGUGGCGGACGCCCGUCCUCGACUGUGUCGCGUUGAAUUGCCUGCGAGGGGGCGGAACCGGAGAGGAGCGAGCGUCUUCGACCGCUUUCUCCCCGUUAAAGGCAACAAAAGGCAGUCGGAGAUGGUAAGGAGAUCGCAGCUGCAGCGUCCUAGAGCCAUUUCACGAAGGAGUCUACACUCCCUACACAGGUGACACCCAAGGGACCCACUCAUCAGCAGGGAUCCCGUCCCUGCUGAAUUCCCCUCUCAGCCAGCACACAGUAAACGGACACUCUGUUCCUUCAGCUGAGAUGACUCCGUCCAUCGGAACCGCCAGCAUUCCACCCUUCAAGUUCCGUCCUCGCAGGGAGACUGUGGACUGGCGGCGGAUUAAUGCAGUGGAUGUGGACCACGUGGUCAGCCAACUGGAUGUGGACACCCUUCAGGAGCAUAUCAACACCGUGACCUUCUGCAGCUUGGAUGGGGAGCGAUGUCAGCGGUGCCAGAGCCCGGUGGACCCAGUUCUGAUCAAGCUCCUGCGGCUGGCACAGUUCACGGUGGAGUGGGUCCUCCACUGCCAGGAAGUUCUUACUCUCAACUUGCAUGCAGCGGAGGAGAAGCUGGCGGCGGGUGGCAGGGAGCGGAAGGAGCUGCUGGAUCAGCAGACUAAGCAGGAGGAGAAGGUGAAAUCGAUGGCUGCCGAGCUCAAGCAGAGGAAGAAGAUGAUACGCACCCAGCAGUCCCUGCUUGUGCCUCACAUCAGCAGCAAGAAGUGUGCUCAUUGUGACAAAACCUUCCUCAAUGCCACCUUUCUCCAGAGUCACUUGCAGAGGCGCCACCCUGAGGAGUAUGAAAGCCAAUUGCGUUCAGACAACGAAAAUAAGUCUGUGAUUGAAGACCUCAAGGUGGAGAUCAGCAGCCAAAAAGAGCAGAUUUCUCAGCUGCAGCAGAGCCUGCAAGCCAAAACUGCACAGAGUCACGUGCAGCGGCGCCACCCGGAGGACUAUGGCGGCGAGUUGCAUUCAGACAGCGAGAAGAAAUCUGUGAUUGAUAACCUCAAAAUGGAGAUCGUCAACCAGAAGGAGCAGAUGGUUCAGCUGCAGCAGAGUCUGCAAGCCAAAUCAGCUGUGGAAAAAGAGCUGCAGAAUAUGCACAAAGACCUGAUGAGAGAACUGGACCAUUUUAAAACUGAGGAGAUGACUCGCAAUAUUCAGGCUCUCAAUGAAGCAAAUCAGAAUCUGACAGCCAAGCACUCACAGCCUGAGAGAGACCUGGACAUUUACAAAGAGAUGCAGACCCAUGCCAUCCAAAAGCUGGAACACCAGCUGGUUAAGCAGGAGAAGAAAAUGGAAUCCAGGCUCCAAGACAUCCAGGCUCAACAUGAAUCUGAAAAGAAUCAACUGCUGAAGGAGCUGGGCAAAAUGCAGUCGUCCGUGUCUCGGCUGCAGCAGGAGCGAAGCCAGUGGCAGCAGCAGGAGAUGGAGCGCAGGCUGCAGGAGAAGGAGCAAACCAUCCAGUCUCAGCGGAAACAGAUGAGGAAUGUUUCCUCUAAGCCACCAAAAGUUAUCGAAGUACCAGUCAGCGCUCCGGCUCCAGAGGCCAAACCAAAGAAAGUUGUACUUGAGGAGCCAGUCUUUGCUUUUAACCUGGAUCCUAUACAGGAGCUGACGGAGGAGGAGAGAGACUCGAGCAGCGUCUCUGAGAGGAGGCCGGUGGAGAAGAAGCUGGAGCCUGUUCGUGAGAGGAAACAGAAUGUGAGCAGCAGUUCUCUGAAAAAGGACCCCAGGAUGAAGAAAGAGAUUCGACAAGUGCUCGAGCAGACUCUCAUCAAGAGGCUGGAAACCCUGGGGCUCAAGUCUGAUCAGGGUGGUCUGAAGAAGAAGACAUUCACUUCCUGCUCGACCAAAAUGCAGUCAGAGCAGGACAAAACUGCGAAGAAGAUGCCGGACUACUGGCACCAUCGGGAGGAGUUAGCAAACACUCUGGAGGAGAAGAUGGGCGGUCAGAGGAGAGGCAGCAGCCCUGCUUCAAAGUCACAGGCUGCAUUCAGACUAUCAGAUAAAGCGUUGCAGAUCAGGCCUCGAUCCAGCAGCCUUCCCUCCAGGUCCUCCCACGUGACGUCUGGACCUGCAGUGACACAACCCAAGACCCCACAGCCAGCGCCGAGGACCAAGAGCACCGCUCAACCCAAAACAUCUACACCCAACACCAAGACUGUUCAGAGGACCUUCAAAGACAAGACUCCUCCAUUCAGUUCAGAAGAGGAAUCUGAAGAGGAGGACCAGCCUCAGAGACACCGCAGUGGUAAAACACCACAGUCCAGACUGAACCAGGCCAACCCCAUCCAAGUCAAAGCAGGCAAAGCAAGUCCGGUCCAGACCAGUAAGUCACUCUCCUCCGGCUCCCAGCAGCCCCGGGGCUCAGCUGGUGUCGUGACAAAAACAGCCAUCACAAAGAUUGACAGCGGCGAUGAUGACACCGAGUGGUCUGAGGUCAGCGAGCUGCAUGAGAUUGAUCCGAGACAGCUGCAGUCUUACACCGACCAGAAUGGCAACAUGGAUAAGAGAAACUUUGGUAAAGAGAACAAAAUCAAUAUCAUGGCCAGAAAAAUAGGGCAGCAUUAUGCACAGAGAUCGGUGAAGAAACCAGCAGGGGCCGUCAGCAUCUUAACAGAGAGGAAAGACAUGGUGCAGGAACUGGAGGACACAGAUCUAGAGGAGAGCAGUGACUGGCUGGUGUCCUCCUUGGAGGACAGGCUGGAAUCGUCUAAACCGGCUCAAGGCUCUGGGCCACUGAAGAAGAGUGUGGACUCACCCAGCACCAGCGUGUGGGGAACGUCCACAGGAAAGGCUCCCAAAUCAGCAGGUCUGACUGAUGCUGGAACAGGAAGCACUCUGAAGAGCACGCUGUGCUCCCUCAGUGACAUCAGUGACUCUGACGACAUCAGCAAUUAACAAAGCAAACAUUAAAGCUGCUGAGGUCCAGAUGCAAAGACCUCAGUCGACUCCACUGAUGCCAAAUUGCCAUAAGUUAAAGGAAUGUGGCCAAACUGAAGAGCACCAGAGAACGUCCUCGCUUGUUGUUUGACUGAGCCAUAUUUUGUUCUUCCAUUAGUAAAGACAUGAACAAUACUACAAUACAAAACUGUUCUACAUUUGUGAAACACUCUCAUAAUCAUGUGUAAGAAACAAAGUAAGAUUAUGUAUAUGUAUAGUAUGUAUUGUUUUUAUCUCAUUUUAUGCCUUGUGCCAAUUCUUCUUGCCUUAUACCUGUUCUUUGUUCAUCUUUGAGUAGAUUAUGUUUUGUAUUAUUCAUUUAAAUAUAACCCACACUCCAAAUGAGGUAGUGUAUGUAGUUUGUGUACAAUUUUGUAUAUCAGAUAUUUUUAAUGCA